CACGGGCUGACUUCACACCUGAAGUGGAUAAGAGGGAGAGGGACCAGGGAGAUAAGAGCUGUCCCGCAUGCUGCCUGUGUCAGCCGAGGCUUGCAAUACUUACAGUAUAACCCCGAGGCUGGGAUAUUUCGAAUUCACUCUCGAUUCCACAAUUCUGUUAUCCCUUGUGGCGGGAAUAUGAAAUUAGAUGAGAAACGAAUGAUUCAAAAGGAAGCCACAAGAUUCAAUAGGUGACGAGAGUUAGUGGUUGAUAUUGACAUUGAUAUCACCCAGGACGAAAUAAGGUUCUUUAGGUAUAAUAGCUAGUCUCAGUCUCAGGUUUGGCCGCGUCUCCACAACUUGUAUGUAAACAAACUCCCCUCCUGACGACAUCAACCAUUUCCUCGACACAAACUAAACGACCAGCCACGCAGUCAUGCUGCCUCCCAUAGACGACGCGAUCUUACAAUCGAAUCCUCGAUUUUCAGCUCUGUAUAGCACCCUCGCGAAACAAAUCCUCAACCCCAAUGGCUCGACGAAAAUACACCCCGCGCAAAAAGAGCGGGAUGCCGUGUCUGAGGCACUAAAUGCCUGCCGCCUCCGAAGCGCCAAGUCCCAACUCCUCAAAUCUGCCUUACAGCACCUCGACCUCUCACCUCCUCCAUCCACUUCUACAUCUACUAGCAGAACGACCACGACGAAAUCUAGCCGGCAAUCCCAAAUUCAGCAAUCGAAGCCCCAGUCCCAAACUCCAGUAUCCUUACCACCUGAGCUGCUCGAGCUCAUCAUCGUCCUCUCCUCACGCCUCUCCUCCCCCGCCCUCUCACCCUCCCAAUCGCGAACUCUACAAAGCACCGCCCUCUGGGCCAGCCUCCCCACGCAUCUCCCUCAGAUCGGCUCCCUACUAUCCACACACCUCCAAACUCAAGCCCUCGCCCUCUGCCGCAUCCUCUCCCCCACCACCAACCCGUCCUUCCUGCACCGGCAGAUCCCAAAACUAUACCCCUCUAUAAGAGAUCAGCAGCGCUUAAUCAAAGAACGAAGGGUCGAACUGGCGAAGAGAAGGAGAGAUCUGGUAUCACACACCACCACCCUCCUCACCCUCCACCACCUCGCCACAGCCCUCGUGAUCCGCACCCUCGAGCAGUCCACCCACGGCUCCUUGUCACGCUAUAUUAAAGCCCGCAGCGAGUAUCUCUCCUUGAAAGCCGCGCAGGUGUUAUAUGAAGCGAGGGCAAAAAGGGAUAGGGGCGAACGAGUGGUGUAUACGGAGGAGGUGAGGAGCGCGCUGGAGAAUUAUGUCGGGGAGUUGAGGGGUGGGAGGGAGAGGGGGAGGGAGAGGAGAGCGCAGGCUGAGAGGACGCUUUGGGGGUAUGGUAUUGGGAGGGAAGAUGGGGAGGAGAAGGAGAGGAUUUUGAGGGAGAUAGCGAGGGUUUAUGGGGAGUUGAGUAAGGAGGUCGAGGAGGUGGGGAGGGAUGUGCAGAGGCUGAGGGGGAGGUGAUGGCUAGGUAUCUGGGUUCUUAGAGAUGGUCUCAAGAUAUGGCCUGGAAUGAGGUACUUGGAGCUCGGUUUGAUGACCUGAGCAGGGCCUGAAGCCCGAUCCAUGGCAUAUCAAAUGUCCACUGGAGAAAUGAGUGAUGAUAAAGAUGUGAUGUAUUCAUUAAGCAACAUUGUUUAUACAUUGGCAGACUAUUCUAAGGU